UCUCACUCUCUCUUUCUCUCUCUUUUCAAUUCCCAUUUUUUCUCUCCUGCUUCCAUUUUUCACAUUUGUUUUGUAUGGUCUAAUGGCUAAGUUACUCUCUCCUGUGUGCACAGAAGUUCUCAAAUUCCAAAACCCAUUAUUACUGAAUACUACUUGCUCAAGAAGCUCAUGGAGUAUCUUGGAAAAGAUCAGGACUCCUUGGACUGUGGUGGGUGGUGCUGCCAAGAGAAGAAGAGGCUGUGGUAGAGUCAGGGUUGCAACUGACAACUCUGCUUCAACUAACUCAGUUGCUGAUGACUACUAUGAGGUUUUGGGUCUGCUUCCCGAUGCCACACCGGGGCAAAUCAAGAAAGCAUACUACAAUUGCAUGAAAGCUUGCCAUCCAGACCUAAGUGGUGACAAUCCAGAGACCACAAACUUCUGCAUGUUCAUAAAUGAGGUCUAUGCGGUGCUCAGCGACCCUGUGCAGCGAAUGGUUUAUGAUGAAAUUCAUGGGUAUGCUUUGACUGCAGUCAAUCCUUUCGUUGAUGAUUCCAGCCCAAAGGAUCAUGCAUUUGUUGAUGAGUUUAGUUGUAUAGGGUGCAAAAAUUGUGCCAACGUGGCCCCGGAUGUCUUUGGAAUUGAGGAGGACUUUGGGAGAGCCAGAGUCUACAGCCAGUGUGGGAACCCUGAAUUAGUUCAACAAGCAAUUGAUACUUGCCCAGUUGAUUGCAUCCAUUGGACAUCUGCUGCACAACUAUCCUUGCUUGAAGAUGAAAUGCGCAGAGUUGAAAGAGUAAAUGUCGCAUUUAUGCUUUCAGGAAUGGGAACAGCAUCCAUGGAUGUUUUCAGAAUGGCAAAUAGUCGGUGGGAAAAGAGGCAAGCAAAAGUUUUGGCACAAGCUAAACGGAGAAUGAGGAAGCAGAAAAAUUCUGAUAAAAGUGAAUCAUACUGGAGUAACCUAUGGAACAAGCCCAGAGACUCCCAAAAUUCUGGUGUCCCAACCAUUCUUUGGGACAUAGGUAAUGCCCUAUCAGUCUCUGGAAUCUGGAUGACACUUGUUUGAGAGUUGUGGCAGUCAUGAUCUAAGGGUGUGCACCAAAAAAAGAAGCAAGGCAAUGAUCUUAAAAUACUGGUAAAUUUUUUUGUAAACUGAUAGUAUAUAAAGAGGCAAUAAAAAAGGAUUUAAACUGAAUUUGGAAUGUUAAUUAGUUUGUUGACUACAGAUCUUCAUUGUCAUUGCAAUUUGUUCUUUGUUUAGCCUAGAAGUGUUUAUAGUUGUCUGCCCUCGUUUUUUGAAGUCCUUGGAAAAAGUACCUGCAAAAUUUUAAUCAGAUUCUACAUUAUGAUGAUAUAUGAUCAUAGUCCCAAUGAAGUUAACAAUGUACAACAUGUAGGAUUGAACAAGGAAAAAGUCAGAAUGCUUUGUGUUGUGUAGUAAAACUUCUAUAAUAGAGACAUGGGAAUGAGGGGGUUUGGUUGUUAUAUCUGCCAUUAUAAUAGUUAUGACAGUUAUAUUAAAGUUAAUUGCUUGGUAGUUUAUGGCUGUAUAUAAUGCAUAUAUGUAUGAAAUGCAUGACUACACAUUAUCGGUUGUGUAGCAUCCACUAUUUAUUUGAGUGUUUUUCAAUCUCUGCUCCUAAAUGUAAGUCAAAGUUGACAUAUGAUCUUUGCAGAGGAAGGAGCAAAAGAGAGAGCAAAGAGAGCUGCUGCAGCGGCUCGGAGAUGGAGGGAGUACUCAAGGAA